AUGUGCGGCGUCAUGGACAAGUCCACCGUCGGAGACGGGAACAAAAAGUCGGUCUUUGCCGUCAUUCAAAGGGACUAUGGAGCGGACGAAGCAGCGGCGGCGAUGAACAAAAUGGCCAAGUUGUGCGCGAGGUGGUUGGCCAACAAGGGCUUCUCGAUCGGCAUCAGCGACGUCACGCCGGGGCAAUCUCUACGUGCGCAGAAGGAUCAGUUGGUCGAGACGGCAUAUCAGGAAUCGGCGAUGUUGAUCGAACAAGCCGCGACGGGCAAGUUGGAGAACCAACCUGGGUCCAAUGUUGAAGAGACGUUAGAAUCGAUGAUUUCGGGGACGCUUUCGAGGGUCCGUGAUAAGGUUGGAGAGAUUUGUAUGACCGAGUUGAGUCGCAACAAUGCGCCGUUGAUCAUGGCCACGUGUGGUUCCAAAGGUCGGUCUUUCUUCCUUCGUGUGCCGCGAUCAGCUGGAGAUGAUCGCUGACGUCGCGCUUGCUUUCGAACAGGUUCCAAAAUCAACGUCUCGCAGAUGGUUGCCUGUGUCGGACAACAAAUCAUCGCCGGUAAUCGUGUCCCCAACGGCUUCCAAGAUCGUUCCCUACCCCAUUUCCCGAAAGGAGCCAAGGAUCCACCUGCGAAGGGUUUCGUGCGCAACUCGUUCUACUCUGGCUUGCUCGCGACCGAGUUCUUGUUCCAUGCCAUCUCGGGUCGCGAAGGUCUGGUCGAUACGGCCGUCAAGACCGCCGAAACGGGCUACAUGGCUCGUCGAUUAAUGAAAGCGCUUGAGGAUCUAUCGAGUCGGUACGAUCGAUCGGUUCGAAACGCGACGGGUGGUGUUGUCCAAUUCGUUUAUGGUGAUGAUGGUUUAGAUCCCGCCAACCUUGAAGCGGAGGGCAAACCUGUCGCUUACGAGCGUACGUGGUCGCACGCCAAAGCGCUCGAAUUGCGUAUCGAGGAUGAGGGUCUGUUGCCCUACGAGAUCCUCGAAGUCGUCGAUCAACAGUUGGCGACACCGUACUUUACGACGGCCUGCUCGGACGAGUUCUUGAAAGAGGUGCGCGAGUUCAUUCAUGAUCAGUUGGUGUUGCCCGCGGCGAUGAUUCGGGAGAGGUACAAGAUGGAUGCGGGGUUGAAGCCGUUGGGACCCAAGUCGAUGGCGGCGUCGAAGAGGGGCAAGGCCGCGGAGAAGCAGGGGAAGGACAAAGCUGGCGGUAAGUGUUGAUUCUGUUAGGGUCCGCGCUGAGAGGGCUUUGAUGCUGAUCUCCUUGCUCGUUGUCUUUUUUGCACUUGUGCAGCAUUCGAGAUCGCGAUCGUCAACAACAAGACCAAGAUCACGGAGGCCCAGAUCAAGACUUUUUUGCAGUUGUGCUGGACCAAAUACGUCAAGGCCAAGAUCGAACCUGGUCAGUCGUGUCGGCUCAUCGUGCUGCAUGUAUUGUACUCUUGCUGAGGUGCCGCCUUUUCGCGAUGACAGGUACGGCCGUCGGUGCGAUCGGUGCGCAGUCAAUCGGAGAACCGGGUACGCAGAUGACGCUCAAGACGUUCCAUUUCGCCGGUGUCGCGUCCAUGAACGUCACCCUCGGUGUACCGCGCAUCAAGGAGAUCAUCAACGCCGCCAAGUCCAUCUCGACGCCCAUCAUCUCGGCCAAACUUGCCAAGAACGACGACGAGCGCGCGGCGAGGAUCGUCAAAGCUAGGAUUGAGAAGACGUAUCUUGGUGAUGUGAGUUCUUUCUGAAGGGCGUUUGAUGGUUUUGUUCAAGGGUGUUGCUCAUGAAUCGAGUUUCGUACCACAGAUUGCUUCGGUCGUGGCCGGCAAUUAUCAGCAAGACCAGCUGUUCGUUAGCGUGCAGAUCGAUAUGAAAGCCGUCUAUCGACUCCAGGUGAGCUGGCUUCCAUUUGACCUGACUCGUGGUAUAAUAUCCUGCUCGAGCUCACAUCUUUCGUGAUGAUCGCCACAGCUCGAAGUCACCCUCGACAGCAUCCGUGAUUCCAUCAUCGCCGCGCCCAAGCUCAAGAUCAAGGCCGACGUGAGUUUCUCUUUCUUCCGUCUCCGCAUGUGCUUCAAAAGACUAAGUGACUGAUGACAAUGAAUUCAUGUGCUUUUGACAGGAGGUCAGCGUGCGAACGGACAUAAACCAGGUCCACGUCUUUGCGCAUCAGUUACCUGGGGCUUCAGAGGUCGCGUACCAUCGUGUACUGUGGCUUCGAAGGGUUUUGCCCGGGGUUGCUGUCAAGGUGAGAUGCCGAAUGCGAUUAUGGGAGCUCAGAACAUCGAAGACUGACGUGGUCUCAUUUUGCGACUUCGAUAGGGUGUCGCCGGUCUGCAACGUGCCGUCAUCCAAGCGAAUGCGAUGGGCCAAAAGGAGCUGCUCGUCGAAGGUGAAGGCCUGCGCGAAGUCAUGACGACCGACGGUGUGAUUGGUACGCAAACGACGUCGAACCACAUCAUGGAAGUCGAGAAGGUGCUCGGGAUUGAAGCCGCGCGAGCGUGCAUCAUCGGUCAGAUCGACUACACCAUGACGUCCCACGGUCUCGGUGUUGACCCUCGUCAUCUCAUGCUGCUCGGCGACGUCAUGUGCUUCAAGGGUGAAGUGCUCGGCAUCACCCGUUUCGGUGUCGCCAAGAUGAAGGACUCGGUCUUGAUGCUGGCUUCUUUCGAAAAGACGACCGACCACCUCUUCAACGCCGCCUUCAACGCGAGGAGGGAUCCGAUCCAAGGCGUUUCGGAAUGCAUCAUCCUGGGCUCGCCGGCGAACAAUGUCGGAUCGGCGAUGCCGGCCUUGGUCGCUAAGAAACCCGUAUUGCCUAAUCCGGUAGCGCUGGUGUUUGAGAAGGAGUACAGGGCUAGUGCGAUCGCCGCGACUUCGGGGACGAAUGGGGUGAAUGGGACGGCGAGUGGGAAGGAGAGAAAGAAGACGGGUGGUGCGAGGGCGGCCGGAUCUAGGUCCAAGAGGGCCUGA